GGGGAGCGGGGCGGGGCGAUGGAUAAACUGACCAUCAUCUCAGGAUGUCUCUUUCUGGCCGCCGAUAUCUUCGCCAUCGCCAGCAUCGCCAACCCGGACUGGAUCAACACCGGGGAGUCGGCGGGAGCUCUCACUGUGGGCCUAGUGCGGCAGUGUCAAACAAUCCAUGGACGCGACCGGACCUGCAUCCCUCCCCGGCUUCCCCCAGAGUGGGUCACCACCCUGUUUUUUAUCAUCAUGGGAAUCAUUUCCUUGACUGUCACAUGUGGUUUGCUGGUGGCUUCCCACUGGCGAAGAGAAGCUACAAAGUAUGCUCGAUGGAUAGCCUUCACUGGAAUGAUCCUUUUCUGUAUGGCUGCCCUAAUAUUUCCAAUAGGAUUUUACAUCAAUGAAGUCGGAGGUCAACCUUAUAAAUUACCCAACAACACAGUAGUUGGGUCGUCAUAUGUACUUUUUGUCUUAUCGAUUUUCUUCACAAUAGUAGGACUUCUCUUUGCUGGCAAAGUCUGUUUACCAGGCUGACGAAUGUCUAAAUGGCUUAACUCGCUUUUAUUUUUUUAUUUUUUAUUUUUUGUUUUUUAUUUCUAGAGGUUGGGAGGACAAAGAGAAGGCGUCUGAGCAGUCCUCUCAUAGGAAGAUGCUUAGAUGAACCUGAUGCUGAAAAGGAAAAAAAUGCUUUGAUUUGUUCUCACUAUGCACUUUGGAUUUUAAAAAAAGAAUGAGAGCCUUUUCCAUAACCAAAUACAAUAUUGACUAAAUCUCCUGAGCAUAUUCAGGCAGUCAGUCUGCACUGUGAUAGCAACCUAGUGAAGGAGAGUGCUUUAUACUGAAAGCAUGUGGCCCCUUGUGACUCUGUUGAUCUGUUUUAAUGUCUAACGAUUCAUUUUUUUUUGGGGGGGGGUCUAGUAUUUAUGAAUCAUGAUGGACCAGAGGGGUGCAGGAGGUUCGUGUGGGGCUGGCCUCACCUCCUAAGACAUUAGUGUUCUCAACUUCUUUGUCGUGUUAUGAGCCUUUGGCACCAUAAUGGAUUGCCGUUGCAUUACUGCACCGAGAAGCCAAUAGAUCAAAACGUGUUUGCUAAAAUGUAUGUAAAAAUUCUAAAACUCCCUAAUCUCUGUGUACAAAAGAAAACACUAAGAAACAAGUUCGGGGUGGGUGGGGGAAAUCUUCCUUAUAUUUAUAUAAAUAUAUAUAUAAUAUAUAUAUUUUGCUGAUGCAGUAUACAGUGUGUAUAUGUGUGUGUGUGUGUGUAUGUAUGUGUGUGUACAUUUAUAUAUGCACACAUGCAAACAGUUCCUGGAAGAGAACUCUGAAUGCUUGCUAGCAAAACACUGUGGUGUGCAACCUAGAACUCAAUAGAAAAAAGCCAUUUAUCUGAAGGCUGCAUAGUGGAGAGAGUCUUCAGUUUACCUCAUUCUUUGUAGUAGCCCUUGAUUUUGACAGGUCUCUGUAAUAGGUACAAAUAACUCCAUACCUUUCUAGGUGCAAUUUUAAGUUAAGCUAAAGAUUUCUUUCUAGGUUUAAUUUAUUUGUAUAUGAUAAUAAAGGUAAGGUCAUAUCAAACCUUAUAGGUUGGGGAAUCUGACACUGUUGAAAUGAUUGACAACUGUCAUCUGUUGUAUUAUAGAGAAUUGUUUUUUCCACUGGCUCAGUCUUCUACAUUAAUAAUGCAUUGUAUAUGUUCAAGCACACAACUUCACACAAACACAAGUUCACUAGCAAAUAUCUGGCCAUUUUGGGCUAUUUACAACACUAAUUCUACUCUACCAUAAAAAUUGCAUUUUAUCUGUAAGCAUUAUUAAUACAUCUUUACCAAACACUUGAGCAAUACGAUAUUUCCUUUUUAUGCUUUACACCUUUGUUUGCUUGAAAAGCUAACAUCCUUACAUUUGUUUCGAAGGCUGCAUUAAACCCACGGCCUUAAGUGUUUUUCUAGAAGCCGCAGUGCAGCUGACCCUGAGCUCAUAAGUACUUUAAAACCCACUUUCUCCUUUCCACAUUCCAUGUCUGUGUCAACACCUAGACUUUUUCCUGGUGAACAUUAUAUAAUCCCGUUUGAAGUUCCUCACAAGGGUGUUCCAAGGCAGUGGAGCUGAGUUUGUCCUCUCUAUAGUGAAAACAAUCUAGAUGUCCCUGUUGGUGAACAGAAUAGAGUCCCAUGCAGCCCGGACUUCAUACAAGCAGGAAUGAUUUCUAAGAUGCUUGAUUAUUCCACACAGAAUUCUUACUCAGAGGUAGAGUUGCCUCCUCAGAGACAUUCUAGAACCUCCGAGGGCUUCAUUUACUUCCCACCAGCUUGUUGGUUAUUCACCUGUCUCACAGUGUUAAAUUGUGGAUGAAAAGCCAGUGUUCGGGCUCACACAGGAACCCUGGAGGAGACCUUCUGUGUGAGAAACCUGUAGUAAAUUGGAGGAAGGACAUUUUCCACCAAGUAUUAUAUCCAGUUAGUUCUAAGGCCACCACUAGACAUGUUCUGUGGACAUCGGGAUUGAGCUCUGACUGUUCCUCGGUCAAAUGGGUCAUGUUGAAGGAAAGUUUUGUUAGUUGGCAUUAGACCACUGAUAUGAAGUAUUAGCAAAGUAUAGUUCAAAUUCACAGACAUGACCAAGAGCUUUUCUCUUUCAAAGGAUGGAUAUUAUUGUAAAUAGUUUCUUAAGAUCUUUUGAACUGGAUCAUGAGCAUGGGGAGAGAAAGUUUCUCAGCUGCUAUGAAUCCCCGCUGUUUACUUCUCUCACUUGAGUGGUAGUGCAUAAAAGAUUACAACAGUCUAGGUUUUAUUUGUAUCUAUUACCCAAACCAUUACAUUGUCUCUAAUUUCAUCAUUGUCUUGGAGGAGCAGUGCAUAAUGAGCUGAUGGGGGAAAAGUCCCUCCAGCCACUCAGCGCUCUCUACCCCAGGAUUAAGAGCAUCCCAUCCAGUAGUGUGUGAAGUCCCGUCUUCGUAAACUCUCCCAGACCAAAUGUUGUUGGAGUGGACUCAUCCGUAUUAUCUGUCCUGUAAGUGGAAGGACACCCAGCUGCCAGCAGCUGCUUUUAAAAGGUCACUAUGAGUACUACAUAGCACAGUAUUAAUUUAUAGGAGGAAUCAUAUCUUGUAAAAUGUAUAUAAAACACUUUUAUGGUGCAAUCAUUUGUCAAAUUUUUGUCUGUUACAUUGUUCUUAGAGUGUACGUUCUUCUCAUGCCUAAGAAUAUCACUGUAAAAUCUGCUGAAAACUAUUUUUAGGUUUUAUUUGCACAAGACUGAAUUAGUUUGAGUUUUGGGGAAGCUCCUAUUGAACAAGCCUAAACAUCUGUAAAGAUAAAAAUCUUCAAUUCAUUAAAAGCCAAUAUUUCAGUACAAUGCUUUCCAAAGGUAACCCAUGUUCUGUGUUGUUGGUGUGUGGGUGUGAUGUUUCUGACUCUCCCAUCUCUCACAAACCUGUGUUCUGUUCCAUCUGUUUUGUUUUUGAAGGAUGCCUUUUUUUUCCCCUUUGCAAUGUUCUAGAUGACCAAAACACAUUGGUUUUUACCCUUUUGCCUAAAGCUUUGAUUUCUCUGUGUGGUGUUCUGUGAGUUCACUGUUUAAUCUCUUCAGUGAAGUAGCAUAUAGUCCUGGUGACAGGCAAUCUAUUGAUUUAGAGGAGAGGUCCUGAACAAAGUGUGGAAAACUAACUUUGGAUCUAUUCUUAGCUAUGAGUUUGCAUCAUGGGCUUCGUUAGAAGAACAUGUUGCAUUUAAUUUUGUCUUUAUUAAAAGACUACUAGUCACCAGUUACUCUGGUUAUAGUAACUGCUAUAUCAACCCACUUUGAUCUUCUUUUAAAAAUUAAAUUUUCACUCACAAGUCAAAACAGUAAGCUGUCUUUCAGAAAAUUUUUGAAGGAUAAAAUUAUAUGAAGGAAAAAGAUGGUCUGUGUAGAAUUACCUACACGGAGAUUUUAGUUGUAUUGCCUUGAGAGGUUUUAGUUUGUGGUCAAGGUCUGUAUAUUAUCCCAACUUUAUUAAGAAUUGUUUUCUAAUUGGUUAUAACAUUUUUCAAUUAAUAGUUUCAAAACAAAUUGUUAAUACGACUGUAUAAAGUGAACAUAAUUUUCUUCACUUGUAUUUUUGUUAUUGAGCAAGUUUAUCAAAAUAAAUUGUCUACUAAAGAAACUAAAAAGGCUUCUAUUACUUUUAAUAAGCUUUGAUUUUAAAUGUUUAUUUCUAGGGAUGUAGCUCUCCCAGGCCAUGAGUCAAUCCCCAGCACUGAAUAAAUCAGGUAUUGUGGUACUUGCCUGUAAUUCUAGUGCUCAGAAAGUAGAGCCAGGAGGACCACAAGUUCAAGGUCCUCCUUAACUACAUGGGAAGUUUGAGGCCAGCCUGUCUCAACACAAGCAAAGCAGUCUUGUAGUGCUUUCCCACAUUCACACAGAGACCUUGCCUCUUGGUUGAUCUUGUUGUUAGCAUUGUAUGUGAAGAAAUCCCUCUCUUCCAUUUCCUCUCUUAGCUCACCUUUAGUCAACAACAGUUGUGAUUUGAAUGAGAAUGUCCCCCAUAGCCUCGGAUGUUGUUGGAAUGCUUAGUCCCCAGUUGGUAGCUGUUUGGGAAGUUGAAGAAGAGGUGUGGCCUCAUGGAGGAAGUUUGUCGUUGGGGGGUGGGCUUGGAGAUUUCAGAGCCGCAGUUGAGGUGAGUUUUCAGCUCCUGCAGCUGCCAUGCCUGCUGCUUACUGCCCCGCUUGCCCGCCAGGACUGACUCUUACCCCUCGGAAACCGUAAGCCAAACAAACCCUUCCUCUACAAGUUGCUUUAGUCAUUAUGUUUUAUCAGAGCAACAGAAAAAUAACAGUGCAGUUAUUAGUACUCCGAGACAUUGGCCAGUUUUCUACUAAAAUACAUGAUGUGCCCCUUUCUGUGGCACUUCUUCACAUUGCUUAAAUAUUUAGUAUUAGUUGUAUAAGACUGAUUUCUUGGCCCAUUAAAGCAACUCUCUCCUCUUACAUUGCCUUGGGUUUUUUGUUGUUGUUGUUGUUGUUUGUUUGUUAUUGUUGUUGAAAUGCAGUUGAAGAACCAAAGAUCUUUGGGGUCAUUCAUAUUUGUCCUGGGGUAAAAGUUACUCUGCACUUCUAAAGGUUUGAUCUGCUCACCUCCUACUUACUUGACUCACUAACGUGGUUAGUGACUAGCAAGAUGGAUUCACUGGUUGGAGGCCACCUUAGGCUGGCCGUUCUAACACCACUGCUGGGCCAUCAGCAGCCUCUGUUCCAAGUGCUGUUAUAAGGGCAGUUUUCACAAGUCUAAGCUGACAUAAAAGGAAUUUCCUUUUAAUAACUCUGUGUGUGUGUGUGUGUGUGUGUGUGUGUGUGUGUGUGUGUG